UACCCGUGAUCUGAAUUUGUUUUUCGCGAUUUUGUAUUUUUGACCCUAUGAAUUUACCGUUGGGCACACUUCGGCAUGAGACGGGAUGGCAUGAGACGGGAUGGCAUGACAUUGGACGUUCUAGGCUGCAGUCAUACACUUGUCAAAUCUAUCGGCACGGUUGCAGUGAGAUAUAAAAGUCAUUGUGGGCUACAGGCACAUUAUGCCUACCCGGUGAUAAACUAACCCCUCCCCGUUUAAGAAGGGGACGAUUAACCAGACAGGCAAGCAGAGACAGACAUUUAGAAAAACAGAGCUGGAUGAAUCAAUCCAUGUUCUUUUGCAUAGACAAGCGACAAGACGCUCAGCAGGCUGAUAGGCGAGGCAGUGAGUCAGUCAUUGCAAGAUGAGCUUGAACGUCCCAGGAUUGGUAGUGAUGGUGCUCUUCUACCUGCUGGUGCUGGGCACCGGCAUCUGGGCCUCCAUGAAGUCCAAGCGGCUGCAGAAGAGCAUGCAGGCGGACCGGACAGAGAUCACCCUGCUGGGCAACAGAGGGAUCAGCAUGGCGGUGGGAGUCUUCACCAUGACAGCUACAUUUGUUGGAGGGGGCUUCAUCGUUGGUCUGACAGAGGCAGUGUACACUCCAACCAUGGGUCUGACCUGGGCUGUCAUACCGGUAUCAUCAGCUUUGUCUUUUAUUGUUGGUGGGCUUUUCUUCGCCAAGACAAUGAGAGACAAAAAAUAUGUGACAAUGAUGGACCCGUUCCAGAUCAAGUAUGGAAAUGGAAUAAGUGCAGUUCUGUCUGUGGCACUACUGAUAUCUGAUAUAAUCUGGGUUACGGGAACUCUAAUUGGCUUAGGUGCAACAAUGAGUGUGAUCCUGGAUUUGCCCUAUUCUGUUUGCAUUUGGAUCUCUGCCGCAGUAGCCAUCAUCUACACACUUCUGGGAGGCCUCUACUCUGUAGCCUACACCGACAUCAUACAGCUAACCCUCAUAUUCUUCAGUUUGUGGUUGUGUGUUCCCUUCAUCCUUAUGAAUGCCCAUUCAGAUGACAUCACCAAGACUGCUUUCAACUUCACCUACCAGGCCCCCUGGAUUGGUUCAGUGGAUAAGGAAAGAGCGUGGAGGUGGAUUGAUAAUUUCUUGUUACUGGCCUUGGGUAACCUUGGAUAUCAGGACUUCCACCAGAGGACCCUGUCAGCUGCCUCAUCAGCCACAGCCAGGAUCACCUGCUUUGUUGCAGCUCCGCUCAUCCUCAUACUUGGAAUCCCAUCCUUGCUGAUUGGAGCAGUGGCAGCAUCAACAGACUGGAAUACGACUGAGUAUGGCUCCCCGUCCCCAUACGAGCGUGGAGAUGCCGGUCUGGUUCUGCCCAUUGCUCUGCAGAACCUCACACCCAACUACAUUUCCAUUAUCGGUAUUGGAGCUAUAGCUGCUGCUGUGAUGUCAUCAACGGACUCAGCUUUAUUGUCAGCCGCCUCCAUUUUCACAUCCAACAUCUAUAAAAACAUCCUCAGGACCAAGGCUUCAGAAAGGGAGCUCCAGUGGGUAAUCCGGGCCACUGUGGUGUUGGUGGGCUUGGCUGGUACAGCGCUCACCUUCGUACACAACAGCAUUAUGGUUUUCUGGAUCCUGGGCUCAGGCAUAACCUACACCAUCAUGUUCCCUCAACUCAUCUGCGUACUCUUCUUUAAUAUCUCUAAUGGCUACGGCUCCAUUAUGGGCUUGCUAGUAGGAGUAUUAUUGAGAGUGCUGAGUGGCGAGCCAUCGAUAGGGUUGCCUAUUGUUCUCCACUUUCCAGAUUGCACUCUUGAGGAUGGCGUAUAUGUCCAGCACUCUCCUGUUCAGACAAUCUGCAUGUUGUCCAACAUGUUUGCCACUUUGUUGUUCUCGUACAUGGCCUCACUGCUCUUCAAUAAAGGACUGAUUCCUGAGAGGUGGGACGUAUUUAAAGUGAAAACCCGCAAACUAACCCAGAACGUAAUGCUAAUGAGCAAUUAUACCACCAAAACAGACAAAGAGGAGAAAACUGAAGAUCACAAGGAGACUGAAUUAAUGUUUACAAAUCGGCAGAAUUGAAAGGAAAAUGAUUCAAUUAGAUGUUAACGUGUUUUGUAUGGUGAUAUUUUAUCAUGUCUCUAUUUUUCAUACCGAAUACUUUUCUCUUUUGUAAAAUGAUAAUCUAUAUAAUUAACAAAUUACAUUAUUAUGUUUUAUUAUGAGUUAAGAUUAGACUUUAUUGAUCCCGAGGGGAAAUUUACAACAAAACAAGCAGUAUAUAAGGUAAUUACAAUUACCAAUUACCAACUGCAACAUUAAACUGAUGCCACAAUGCAUCAAUUAAAGAAUCCGUUAAUAAAGCAUGCAUCCUGAAAUAGACCAUUCUGCAUGAUGAUUUACUUUUGGUUACUUUCUGUAUAUUCUGUUGCCAAUACUUUUUUUUUUUUUUUUUUUUUUACAAUUUUUAUAUAUUUUCUAUAAAAAAUGUAGCAUUUUCUACAGCACAUAAUGAACCGAAUAUGUACAAACAAUAUAUGUCUGUGUCAUGCAGAAAUUAACCAACAUGAAAGGUGCCAAUACUUUUUUACUUAUGUAACAUUUUGAAUACAGAUCUUUUAACUGUAACAGUGUUUUUACUUUUAUUUUAGUGAGAUAUCAAUUUUCUUUUUCCACCACUGUGCUUUGAUGUACAUUUUUUGUUUUCCAGUGGGGUUUGAGUGGCUGUACAUUUUUGUUACUUUUACAGGCCUACGUGAUACUGGUGUAAUUUUAUGUCGAACAACAAUCAAUAAAUGCCCUAGCAAGAUAAAUUAAUUAAAAU